AUGCGACUGGAAAACCCACUUCCGAACUUCGCGCGAGUGGGGGGUCAUCGUGCGACAUUCGAGUACCGCGGCGUACGUCGCCUGUGCCGCCGCUGCAACCAGGAGGGCCACUUCAAGGCGCAAUGCGACACCCCGCACUGCGCCAGGUGCGGCGUCUUCGGGCACCGCACAGAUACCUGCACCGAACCGUGCCGACGCUGUGGCGGCGCUCACGCGAGCGUCGACUGUACCGCGAGGAAGUCGUACAGCAUGGCGGCGGCAAUGGACGUUGACGAAUUCCCGGCACUCGGUACGGCGACCGCUGCAGGGCAGACGCAAAGGCGUCUGACUACCCUGCGCCCGGCGAAACGACCGAAGCCAAACGAGGACGGCUCGGAACCGCAAGUUAUGCCUGAAGAAACGCUCGCGCAAGCUGCGGCCAUUACGGCACCAACGGCACCGGCGCAGCAGCAGGAAGGUAGACAAACAGAUGCGCCGACGCCAGCGAGCAUGCGCAGCGGCGAGGGGCAGGAGGUGAAAGGCAGCCAUGGCCAUGCUGAGCCCAACCAAGCUGCCGCCGCUACUGAGGCAGAGAGGGCCGCAGACAGCGGCGAGGGAGAGAAGCGCGGUGUACACGGCGCACGAAGCGCGAGCGGCGGCGACGACGAAGGAGAAGACGACGCCGCCAGCGCAGUCAGUUGGGCCAGCGUUGACGAAACGGCCGCCGAGGAGAGCUGCCACGAGGACGGUCAAGGCGUCAGGAAGGAAGACCGCCCCGAGGCGCGCAAAGGGUCACAGGGAGAGCGGAAGCUGAACCUUAAGGAGAGGACGGGGCCGGCAGCCAGUACCGCUGCGCACAGCCCUUGGUGGAACAAGACAGGAGACGACGACGUGCCGCGCGGCCGGGAGGCGCCGCAGCCCACAAACGACCAGUCCGUCAGCGGCUCAGUCGAGCAAGAGAAGUCCAGAAAAGCGCCAGGAGAAGGAGACGCGCUGAAACCCACCGAACCGCCCAUUUCCAGUCAGAAGCAACCGCGGCCCGAGCCGGCGCCGCAACAUGGCGGCGCCGUGCAACAGCAUAGCCGGGAGGGAGCUUAA